CAUUCUGAGAAGGAUAGGAAGAACAGUUAAAGACCCGACCCGACCCGACCUUGAUCAUGAGAGUUAGUUUCAGUCUCCGUCGUUAAAUCUUCUGAAAGCGUUUGAUUACAUCUCGAUUUUAUAGUUUUGAUCUCGAAUUCGGAAUGGUUGGGGAAGGAGGAGAAUCGAACGAGCCACAGACCGUCGUCGUCGGAGGAGAGGUGGUUGAUGUGAACGUCAGGUGCUCCAACGGCUCGAAAUUUAGCGUGAGGACGAGCCUCGAAUCAACCGUAGAGUCUUUCAAAGCUUUACUAGCUCAGAACUGCGACGUCCCAGCUAACCAACAACGCUUGAUUUACAAGGGACGCAUCCUCAAAGACGACGAUCACACCCUCCUUAGCUAUGGUGUACAGGCUGAUCACGCUCUUGAUAUGGCUCGAGUCUCUGCACCUUCUACAAAUGCUAGGAGCCAAACUACUUCACCUAGUGUUGUUACUCGAGGGGUUCAACAACUAGCUCAAAACCCUAACAUUGUUAUGAUGAACGCACCGAGCAUUCAGAACAACCCUGAACUUCUGAGGACGUUGAUAAGGAGCAACCCUCGGAUGCGUGAGCUUGUGGAUCGUAACCCUGAGCUUGGACAUAUACUCAACGACCCGAGCUUCCUUCGGCAGAGUCUGCAAGCUGCGAGGAACCCUGAGCUUAUGCGUGAGAUGACGCGGAAUAACGAUAGGGCGUUGAGUAACAUUGAGGCUACUCCUGAGGGGUUUAACAUGCUUAGGCGUAUGUAUGAAGAUGUCCAGGAACCGUUGAUGAACGUUUCGAUGUUUUCAGGGAACGAUGGAAACGGUGUCGUUUCUAAUCCGUUUGCUGCACGAGCUAGAGAUACCAAUGGUGAAACAGGGACAGGGAAUGGUGUGCCAAAUACAAAUCCACUUCCAAAUCCUUGGGUUGCUGCAGGUGGCCAGACAACUAGGCGUGGAAGGACGAAUUCAGGUUGGGAUGUUGGAGCCCCUGUCAUUGGUGGCAUUGCUGGUCUUGGUGGACUAGGCAUGCUAGGUGGGGAUCCAACGGUUGGUGCUACUCCAGAUGCCUCGCAAACGAACCAGUUUUUGCAAAAUCCAGCCAUGUCACAGAUGAUGCGAAGCUUACUUUCCGAUCCACAAUACAUGAAUCAGAUGAUGAGUCUCAACCCACAACUUCGAAGCUUGAUGGAUUCAAGUCCUCGGGUGAGGGAAAUGAUGCAGAAUCCAGAGUUCCUUCGUAUGCUUAGCUCUCCAGACACAAUGCAGCAAAUGAUGAGUCUUCAGCAAUCACUUUUAUCUGGAAACUGGAGUACGGCCAGACAGGCUCCAGGGCAAACAGGUGCCACCACAGGCACAAGGAAUAACGGGGGACUCGCUUCAUUGAUGAAUAUGUUUGGCAGUCUUGGUGCUGCUGGUGGCUUAAGUGGUGCGAACCAGUCUAGUGUACCUUCUGAGGAGCUAUACGCCACACAAUUGCAACAGCUAGAGGAAAUGGGUUUCUUUGACAGAGCAGAGAACAUUAGGGCGUUGCGUGCAACCAACGGCAACGUUAACGCUGCUGUAGAAAGACUCUUGGGGAGUAUCGGCCAGUGAUUCCAAAAGGCUUCUUCUCACAGUCUUACCUCAAAUUGUUAUUUGGUCUGUGGGAAUAUCGAUUGUUAAUACUUUUUGGUUUAAAAAAGGAAGUUAUUUGAAUA